GAGGCGGAAACUCGCCCUUGGUGUAUAUAAGCAGUUAAGCGUGGGAUUUUUGUAUCCGUAUCACCCUCCAAUCAUUAACAGCCGGUGUGGGCGACCACAAGAGCGCUCACAGGGCGCACAGAGACCCGAGAUCUGUGCCGGUUUGUGAUAGACCGAGAGGGGAAACCCCAGCUUUUGCAGCUCCCAGGCGACCAAAGAAACACAUGCUGUCACCUCUGCAGAGAGCGCUGUCCGUCCGCUGUGGUGCUGAACAACAAGUCUCUACCCUUCGACCGGUGACGUAAAGCUAAGACUCAUCCAAGCAGAGACCCAAGACUCAAUCCACGAAGAAAAACAAACAUCACAUCUGCACUUGAAGUAUGUAUGUUCAUUUGCAUGGAUUUGAAGCAACUUAAAAAGCAAAGUCGAGACAGAAAACACGGAGCAGAAGUGAUGGCCGGACUCCCCCCCGCCCUCAGCGUCACUCCGGCGGUCUGAGCCAAGCAACGCGUUGCCGCUUCGCACCGGAACCCAGCGGAGCCUCCGUAGAUGAGGAGAGUGACAGAGGCUUUCGAUCAGUGAGGUGAAUGUUGAUGACACCAUUGAAAUGUUACCAAAAUCAAGAAGAGCUCUCACCAUUCAAGAGAUUGCUGCAUUAGCGCGAUCCUCCCUGCAUGGUAUCUCCCAGGUAGUGAAGGACCAUGUGACGAAGCCUACAGCCAUGGCUCAGGGCAGAGUGGCCCAUCUCAUAGAGUGGAAAGGCUGGUGUAAGCCCAUCGACACCCCGGCAGCCCUGGAGUCAGACUUCAACUCGUACUCCGAUCUCACUGAGGGAGAACAGGAGGCUCGCUUUGCUGCCGGAGUGGCGGAGCAGUUUGCCAUAGCGGAGGCUAAGCUGAGGGCCUGGUCCUCUGUGGACGGCGACGAAUCCAACGAUGACUCAUAUGACGAGGAUUUUCUGCCUGCCAACGAGCCCGCCACACAGAGCACAGAUGUUCCAUCAUAUCCUCCUUACUUGAAGGACCUGAUCCACAGCCAGCUUUGCCAGCACCUGGGCCUGCGCGGGGCGUGCUGCGAUGUCGGAGGAGGGGAGGGAGGCGUCAGCGGUGAGCCUUCCCCUACGGCGGGCUCUCCGGACACCCUGUGCUCAAGCCUCUGCAGCCUGGACGAGCACCACCCGCUGCUGCGCGACCUGGACUCCCACCGUGGCUCCCACUCCCACAGCAAUGUGGCCGAGCUCGCCGCCAAGAUCCUUUCAGCGCUGCAGGGAGGGGAGGAGCUUCUGCUGGCCCGACUUCAGAGGGCAGGGCAGAGCGGGCCCAGAGGGGGAGACUGUGCCUUCCACAGCCUGGGCGGGGGAGGACGGGGCAUCAGGCCAUGCAGGGGUCAGGACUCUCCGUGCUUCUCCAUGUCUUACUCCGACACGUACCUGUCGCCGGGCGAAGACGAUGACACACCCUGCAAGGACUAUGAGGGCACGGUGUGCCAGGUGGAGGCGGAGGGCAACGGAGAGGAGUAUGACCCACGCAGGAGAGUUUCUGACGUGGCCUCUUCUGGGGUAGUGUCUUUGGAUGAGGAGGAUGAAGACGAAGAAGAGGAGGAGAGGGCAGCAGAGCCAAACAACCAAUGACUCUUCUCAUCUCAACUCAGUGUUCAAUCUCUCUGUGGAGGCGUUUCUUCUCUUCUCCAUCGUGUCUGAAAAGUUUGAACAUUCGCGCAUGUUUGUUUUUUGGACUGAAGCAUCCAUCUUUGCCUUACUUGCAGCAUUUCAACUCCCUCCUAAACUAUGUCCCCAUUUGACGUGUUUUAUUUUGAGGCGUCAAAACAAUCUUUUUUAUCUGUGUGAGAGCAGGGGGCUUGCUCCAGCAGUCCAGGGACUUACUCGUGGGUAUGAAGCUCACAGUUUUCGGCUCCGUCCCGUCAUGGGAAGUGACUCUGACAAAUGGACGCCUCCAACAGGCAGACAGAAUGACUCCAGAGUCCGACACUCUGACUUAUCUUUGCAUGUUUUUGCAAGUGCUGAAAUCAAAUGGGCUGACCCGGUCUUGAGCUCGGUUUGUAUUCUGUAUAACCCCCCCCCCCCCCCCUCGCCCACACCCCCAGUGUCUCCCGUGGAAGGGAGGGUUGACACUGCAUCCUGGGACCUGCCCUUACCUCCCCCCUCUCCCCUCCCUCCCUUCCCUGUCCUUUGCAAGAGACAAAAUAGCAUCCUUUUGGGCAUGGCUUGCUGAGUAUGCCAAACUAUUUAACCCUGUCACUACAAGUUAUGAGCAAAUGCUGGAAUGUCUUCAAAGUGACAGGACAUAGUAUGUAUUUUAAAAUAACAAAGUUAACAAAGACUUGAUACAGAUUAUAUGACAGAAAUGAUAUGCUUUUAUUGUACUAGUUUUCUAUCACUCAGACAUGUUGUUGUUCCCCUUAUUCCCGACAUCAUUAUGAUGGACGCCAUAAUGAUCUCCCGUAGGUACCGGCUAUUUUUGGGAGGUUCUGUGGAUUCCUGCGUGGAAGCCAUGAGACCUUCGCUUGUCUUACAAAAAAAAAACAACAGCAGCAGCAACAGUGACAGAAUGUUCCUGAAGUGACCCUUUGGCCAUCCGAGUGUGGCAAGGAAGAGGCGCGGCUUGAAGAGGCAGAUUUUUGUCUGUGAAGAGAAAGAGUUGCAUCGGAGAUUUUCUAUAUUUUUGUAUGCGUUGUCUUGCUUUGAUCUCUUUGCCUAUGCGGCGUGCCAGUGUAUGUGGUUUUUUGCACGAAGCUAACGUGGCUGUAGAUUUUUCUCCUUUUCUUCGUUAUCACUGUGUGAUAUAGUUUACUGGGAAAAAAAUUAUAAAACAAAUGUGAACAAUUUUAAUUUCGUUUUUGAAAAGAGGAUACUGUGAUACGGUUUGUGAUCGCCAUACGUCAUGAUCCUCUCGUCCUCUCAUACUGAACCCUAAGAAGCUUUGCCUUUUAAUCUUUACUUAUCCUCUUUUCUUUGUGAUGAUAUUUGGCAUGUUUAAACGUGGCACAUGCAGAAACUCCUCCAUCACCAUGGCGAUGUGAGGAACUGUGUUGAGGCUCUCCCAGAGGGACCGUCAUUCAUACAACUCAGGAAACUCCAUUGGACCAGAGCGUCAGUGCAUCAUCACACCCACCUGCAUACCACCUCUCUCAUCUUCAGCGUGUGUGCGUGUGCUUGUGCGUGUGCGUGUGCGUGUGUGUGUGUGUGUGUGUGGGAGAGAGAGCCUGGUUAUUUUCUACUAUAAAGCACAGAUUCAGCCCCCAGAUCCUUUUAAUGUUGUUUUAAUGGUAAGAAAAGCCUAAAUGUGUGAAUCCACAAGAAUUGUGCAAACGUGUGUGAGUGUGUGCGUGUGUGUGUAUAUGUGUGUGUGUGUGUGUAUGUGUGUGUGUGUGUGUGUGUGUGUGUGUGUCUGUGGCUUUACUGUAAGAUGUCGGCGAGCCUUUUAAGCUUGCAUUGCGAGCUUAUUACAAACCCCCCUCCAACGCAGCGAUUCCCUUUAAUGCAGUGACUCGUGUUUAGCGGAGCUCUUGUUGGAGGUUGAACUUUUACUGGUGCUGCAAAUUAAACAAAAGAAGAAGAAGAGAAAAGCAUUCAGUACAAACAAACAUCUGGAAAUGAUUAAAGAAACGACAUUGCUCAUCGGGCUACACGAGCAGCUCCAGGCUGGAGAUUUUUGAAAAAGACAGCGACAACUCAGGGGGAACCAUCGAAGCUGUGCCUUUCAUUCGUCACCUUUGACCUCCCAAGUUGCACCAUCAGCAUCAUCACAUCAUCAUCUGUGCUGUCACUCAGGCCAUAGCUUGGCGUCCUUACCCUCCAACAGAGGCACAAAAAUGGUCCUGUUGCAUCGCCUGUGUUCAUUUUUCCCCUGUAAGUAGAAACUGGAGGUUACAGCGGGCGGUUUGCGUCACUGUCCUUUUGGUUGACAUUAAAAGCCGGGCAACGCUUUUUGUCCUGGCUCAGUUAUGAGAGUGAGCCAUUGUUCAACACCCUCCCAUUUUUAAUCUGUCCACUCCAACGCAACCCCUCCGUCUGUCUCUCUGAGUAUUCAUGUCCUCUCCUCGGUGAUGUGUGUGACAGAGAGACGGGCACCUUGUGCGUUUUUCAUUCACUCGAGUGUUUGCUGCUCUCUUGCACAUCAGUGUGUUUUUAUGAGUAUACUUGUGAGUGUUUUCACCUCAGAACCUGAAGCUCGCUCCCCUUGUUGACGUGGCAUCAUGGUGGAUAUCCUCAUCUGCCUAUCCUUGUGAGAACAUUUUGUCCUCACAAGGAUAGGAGGGAAGAUUUCCUGCUGACACACACACACACACACACACACACACACACACACACACACACACACACACACACACACACACACACACACAGACAGCCUGAUGAAUGUCUCCCCUCUUCCUCCUUCUGUCCCUGUCCUGUCAUUUCCUGGCCUCCCCUCCUCUCCUCGCUCCGUCCCCCACCCUUCCAUCUUUCCCCACAGCGGGGGCUCAUUAUGUAAGCAAGAGGACGUCUGAGUGCUACCUUUGCCAACAGGCAAUUAGCCCUCUAUUAAGAAACAGCCUGACGAGCAGGAGAUGCAUAUCUUUCUCCUGUCUGUCUUUUCUGCUCCCUUGUGUCAUUUUCCCCUUCACUCCACCUGCAUCCUCCCUCCACCCCCCUCUCUCCACCCCAUCAUUACCGCCUCGAGCUUUUUCUAAGCAACAUCUUUUGAGGUUAGCUGUCUGAGAAAACUCCAAAAAGUUUUGUUUUUUUAAAAUGCUCACCUCUCUGUUCAGAAGUGAUUCAUAUUUCGAAAAACAGAAGAGCCCCCUGCUGUCCUUCGGUGUGACAGAUGUCUCUCUUGUGUGUGUGUGUGUGUGUGUGUGUGUGUGUGUGUGUGUGUGUGUGUGCGUGUUUAGUUUGUCGCUUCAGGCAAGCGCUGACAUUGGACACUUAUCAGAGACAAGUGCUCCAGAUUCUCUCGCUCCCUCUCUCUGUGAUAGUGGCGGGAGAACCCAGCGCUAUAAAAAGACAUCAAAACAUCUGUUGGACAGCAGCAAGGCGGGAGGGCGGAUGAAUAUUCAGGAGAUGAUGGUGGCGCCCUCGUCACACGAUAGCCUACUUACCAUUUUAGAACAAAGAAGAAGGGCCGCUUGCCGCAACACCGGCCCCGUAGCAGCGAUACUGCAACAAAACCCGAGUGUGAAAACAACAAGAGGAGAUGAAUACAGAGACUUACAGAGAGAGCAGGCCUGAGUUUAACCCACAUUAGACGCCACUGCUUUGAUUUAAACAUCUCAAAAUACCAAGGACGGGACGAGGCACACACACACACACACACACACAAAGACAAGAUGCUCGUGAGGGAUCACAAAGCCAUACAACUCGACAAGGACUCCAUGAAGCGAUCACAGAUGACCUGAAAUCCGUUUCAUAUCAUCUCAGCAUCACACACACACACCCUCAUCAGUCUCCUCCCUCGGAAAACUUCAAUCCUCGACCUUUCUUUUAGUCCUUCUCUUCUUCUUUGAAUACUAUUCUUCCUCUUUUGGCUGAAUGUAAUUAUUUGAAAAUUGCCACCUUGGAUUUGAAUAACGAAUCUUUGUUUGCUGCAUCUGAUAUUAUUUCAAGUUAAUAAAAUAUUGUUAUUGUUCUUUGCAACAAA